CGGGUUGCGUAACCCCCGCAGUGUCGGCUGCUGCUGCUGCUGCGGGGCGCUGCGUGAAGCGGGCAGAGUUUGGGCCGCUGCCGCAAUCACCAGUUUCUCCACUUUAAGAAAGAGUCAACUUAGUUGCACAAGUGUUUCCACUGGCUGUUUUUGUCGCAAUGAGCUUUCAACUUCUGCAUCCUCCCAACGUCGAACCGCCACCUCUCCCCACCCCCCUCCCUCUUCAGACGGGUUGCAAUUUGCACACGGCUGCGUUGGUUAUUUGCACUAAUUAUAAUGUAGGAUGGGUGCAAAUAUUCGCAAUCGGCGUGUGGAGAACCAGCAAAGCUUCAGCCAGAGGAAAGCGGAUCUGAAUCUGUGAAAGGUUUUCUUUUGUCCACUGGAAAUUGGUGUUUGAUAUUUUCCUCCAGUGAUGUUCAAAAGCAAGGAUCCAGAGCGACGGCACAUUUUGGCAGAACACAGCAAAGCGUACUCCCUCCCGGGAAGUGUGCCAAACCAUGAAGAACUGCAGAAGGAUGGGACUUUCAAGCAUUGCCACGACAACAGCUUUGCUCAGCAGGACCGAGAGACGGAGAAAAAAGUUGCCAGGAGGAGGUUGUACGUUGUUUCCAUCGUCUGUCUGCUCUUCAUGAUAGGCGAGAUUGCUGGAGGAUAUUUGGCAGGAAGCCUCGCGGUCAUGACGGACGCGGCUCACCUUCUGACUGACCUAGCCAGCUUUGUCAUUAGCUUGUUUUCCCUCUGGCUUUCAUCUAAACCUGCCACACAAAGGCUCAACUACGGCUGGCAUCGUGCAGAAAUCUUGGGGGCUCUGCUGUCAGUUUUCACCAUCUGGAUCGUCACAGGAGUGCUGGUUUAUCUCGCUGUGGAGCGCAUCGUCCAUGAUGACUACGAGAUCGAGGGCCACGUGAUGCUCAUUACCUCAGGCUGUGCAGUGGUGGCCAACAUUAUAAUGGCUUUAACCCUUCACCAGUCGGGUCACGGCCACAGUCACGGUGGACUCGCCUCACAUGGACACAGUCACAGUCCCAAGAGAGGAAAAGAAAAGACUCAGAGCCCAAACAACAUCUAUUCAAACGACUGCAUAGACAUGGAAGAAAACCAUGCAGGCAACGGAAAGAGGGCUCAGCAGGCGAAUGCAAGUGUGCGAGCAGCUUUUGUGCAUGUGAUGGGAGACCUUCUCCAAAGUGUUAGCGUGCUCGUCAGUGCCAUCAUCAUCUUCUUCAAGCCAGAAUAUAAAAUCGCUGAUCCAAUCUGCACCUUCUUGUUCUCCAUUCUGGUCCUAUGCACCACCUUCACCAUCAUGAGGGACAUCCUUCUUGUUCUAAUGGAGGGUACGCCAUCGGGGGUGCGGUACAGUGAUGUGCGAGACCGUUUGUUGGCUGUAAACGGAGUCAAAGCGGUUCACAACCUUCACAUCUGGGCGCUCACCAUGAAUCAGGCAGUUCUGUCUGCACACAUAGCAAUAGAUGAUUCGGUUGAUGCCCAGACCGUCCUGAGGGAAAUGACCCAGGCCUGUUUCUCCUCCUACAACUUCCACUCCAUUACCAUUCAAAUGGAGCGGCAGGCUGACCUGAAGCCUGGAUGUACGCUGUGUGAAAAUCCUCAAAACUAGGAACCCGACCAGACUCGUUUCCAUAGCAACUAGGACGGCCCGGGAGACGUCUUCUUUUACUGCAGUGUCUCAGACAAACUUAUGUUACUGCAUUUUAAGUGCACUUUGUACUAAUUCCUAUAAUUGUGUGUAUUUAAUUAUGAUGGCACAAGCUGUAAUAGUUUAACGACUUACUGCAAAAAAAAAAAAAAUCACAUUAAACUCUAAUUUUUCUUCUUUCUGAAUUUAAAAAUUUGAGUGUCUUUUAUAUAUUUUUAUUGAUUCUUAAAUGUUGAGUCAAGGUGCUGAAUACAAAUAAACACAAUGCUUUUGGAAGACACUGUA